AUGGCCGCUAUAUCAGACAUCUGGCAAGUCAAACAGAUGAUGUGGAAUCUGGUUAUGAAUUUACCCGGAAAGCAGGGAUACAACAUGGAACCAUUCAUCCACGAGGUCUCUGAGAUUAGCGACUCAGUCGAAAAUGUGCUGAACGACGGCUACAGAUAUGGCAUUUCCAGGUACAAGAACCACGUUUCCUCUGGCGAAACACCUUUCAAGACUUCUGGCAUGAACAGCGACACGCUCAAAAAUACUAUAAUCAUGUGCAUGGACUACCGACAACGCAAAAGAUGGAGCUUUGCGCAACUCAAGUGUGUGACAAAGGGAUGGGAUCGGAAAGCAACUCCACCAGGCUCAAAGGCACUCGGCGAUAUGAUUGUCAAAGUCUCGGUGGCGAUGAAUAAGUUCGGGCUUGGAAGAACAGACGAGGGGAGCAAGAAGCGCAGAACAUAA